AUGUCUACGGGCGCUCAAGAAGCCUCGGCCUCUUCAACUCACAGUAUCGGCCCAUCUUUGGCAUACACAGCUGCUCAAAACGCAGUGCCAACCACCGCAGCAGAGCAGACGUCUGGCUCAAUUCAAUUUCGUAAUGGUAUCACUAGCCCAGCAAGUCCAGGCUCCGAAGCCGACUCGACCAUCAACAGCACUGCUUUUGCUCCAAGCCUCCUUGCUUCACGACUCGGUCGAGACAUCUACUCCUCUGCGGCUGCAGCCUCAUCAACUCUGAGCAUCUCCGGGCUCGGCUUCAACUCACCCACUCUCGCCCUGACCGGCUUCAAUGCAAUUUCCACCGUUCUCAACAAUCCCUCCAAACGUCAGCAUCCCAUUGAUCCGAAAUCUUCUCGCUUCCCACCCGUCACACCUAACCAUGUCCCCGCAGAAAUUCCAAAGGUCAAGAAGGCUGAGCUUGACCCCUACCUCUCGUCCGUUCGUCCCGAAUGGGACCGCUUCAUGCGCAAUCAGAGCAUGGGAAGGCAAGGCAAGGCUACUAUCGAGCAACAACAGCUACAACAACAACAGCAACAACAACAACAACAAUCACUCUCUUCCACCCAAGACUCUUCCUACGACUCGGAUCUGCUCGAAAACCCCAAUCUACGCCAUCGCACAACAUCCAGCAUAGCCUCCCUCUCGUCCGACCUACAAGCUCUCCCCCCACCACAGCCUCGCAAACGACUGCCCAACCUCAGCGCGGUUCCGCAAUUCUUCUUCUCGGAAGAUUUUGACCUCGGCAACCCAUACACAUUCGACCAGGUAACUGAACGCUAUAAAACUGCCGUCCCAUCACCUGGCGACCAGAACGGCGCAAAGGCUCCCACCUACGACGUUGCUUUGAACCAGAUGCUUCAGGAGAAGCUCAGCUACUAUUCCGACGUCAUUGAGCAGCAUCUCAUCAUCGAGAUUGGUCAGCAGUCAUCCUCCUUCUUUGCCGCGCUUGAAAACCUCAACGAUCUCAAUGCAGAAGCCGAGAGCUGCUUAGCCAAGAUCCACCAUCUCAAGUCCGAGCUCGAGAGCAUCGAUAAGAAUCAAGCCAAGAAAGGCUUACGCAUCAUUCAGCAACAGCAGCACAGACAAGACCUCGAACGCAAACAGACCGUCAUCCAGAGCGUGCGCCAGCUCGUAGAGCGUCGUGACCUCAUUCGUCUGCUUCUACAGCAAGGCGAGACCGAAGAAGCCCUCGACCUGCUCAACAAGCUUAGAGCGACCUUCGGUCGCCCCGCUGCCGACCACGCGCUAGCCAACACUGAGCACAACGGCACAAGGACGGCGGAUGACGAGCCCCUCCUCUCUGAUCUGCAGAGUCUCGCCAGCAUUCCUGCGCAGCUCGAUGAAAUGGAACAGACCUUAUCCGGCAUGCUAGAGCAAGACCUUGUUGCGAUACUCAAACAGGAUCUUGAUGCACGACUCGCCACUUACACAAAAGAACGAGUAUGUUCAAUGGCCAAACCCGAUAGCACCGGCAGCUCCCCUACCCCGAAUACCGUCCAGCACAGCCAAUCAUCCCUCAACUCAGAUGCUACAAUCACUGAACCAUCCCUCACGCCGUCCAAAACAACUCCAUCGUCCUUCACACACGAUUCCCGCAUGCUCUCAUCGGCCGACGCCGAGUUGGCUUCCCGCAUCGCGCCCAUCGUCGUCGGACUCGCAAGGACAGGUGGCAUUGAAGCGACUGUCUCGGCCUACCGAGAAGUUGCUAUUCAAGCAGUCCAGGAGACGUGGAAAGCCACACUCUCGCAGUCAAGCGCAGAAAUGGCCGAAACUGUCAAGUGGCUCCUUGCCGAAGAACUUUCCAAGUUUGACGAUCGUGAAGAUCUACCAGCGCCUGCUGCACGCAUCAGAGAUCUCAAACAUGCAUCCUUCCUCAACAUUGGUCAAAAGCUCUUCGAAAUCCUAAUGGAAUGCCUCAAAGCCAUCGACGCUCAGUGCAAGCUCGUGCUCCGCAUCUUGGACGACCUCGCCUCCGGCACAUCAUCCGUACAGAGCCCACCACUCGAGAGUGAAAGCGUCGUAAAUCUUGUUUCUCCGGGUACGGUCCCCGCAUCUGAUAUUGCGUCUCCUCCUACCAUGCCAUCAGGUGUUCCGACAACUCUUCCGGCCAGACUUUCUGAGGUGGUAGUCGCUUCCGCCGAACAGGCGCACACCCUCUGUGCACGUCUGCUGUCGCUUCGUGCCAAGACGCAUGCUGCUCUCGAAUUGCCUCCGUUUCUUGUCGUCUUCCAGCUCUGCUGGAGCUUUGUGCUAUCAUCCGAACAGCUGUGCCGCAAGAUGAUCGUUGGUCUCAGAGCCACCGUUCUUGGUCAGGCCAAAGGCUUCCUUGCCAACUUUCAUCGCCGCCGCAUCGAACGCGCAGCCAAAGCUGUCGAGGAGGAGACCUGGGCGCAAGCCGACGUCGAUAUCAACAUACAAGCGCAGAUUCGACUCAUCGUCAGCAGUGCUGUUCAAGAUCCCUCUGAAUUCGUCGUCACUGGCGGCGAAAGUCGGUUGGAUGCGCCAGCCAAAGCAGCAGGCGACCAUGUAGCCGAUCAAGAGACGGCGACCAUUUCAGCCAAGACGUUGGACAUCGAAAAUCGUCAGUACUUUGUCGUCGAUGCCAGUCUCGAUGUGCUUGCACUGCUCGUCGACUAUCUCAAAGUCAUCAUCAACCUGCCCUUGCUCACCACAGAGGCCAUGGCGAGGGUCGUCGAAUUUCUCAAGCAGUUCAACUCGCGCACUUGCCAAGUCGUGCUCGGCGCCGGAGCCAUGCGAUCUGCGGGUCUCAAGAACAUUACCGCAAAGCACCUUGCGCUUGCAUCCCAGUCGCUGUCAAUUAUGAUCUCGCUUAUCCCGUACAUCCGCGAAACGGUGCGUCGUCAUCUUUCACCCAAGCAAGCCGUCAUGCUCACCGAGUUUGACAAGCUUCGUCGUGAUUUUCAGGAGCACCAGUACGAAAUUCAUGCCAAGCUCGUCGCCAUCAUGUCGGAUCGUCUCACCGUACACUGCCGUACGCUGAGCGCGCUCGACUGGAAUGCCGACAACUCGGCUGCCGAUCAAGAGCAGCAAGGCGGCAUAAGCAAAGACCCCGAACCCAACAAGUACGCCGCCGAUUUGGUCAAAGAGACUGCGACGCUGCACAAGGUUCUCAGCAAAUAUCUUCAAGCUGUCGUUGUGGAGCACGUGAUCGGUCAGGUGCUUUGCGCGAUCGAUACACGUAUCGCUCAAGAGCUCGAUAAGAUUCCGAUUCAAAACCAGCAGGCGCUGGAUCGGAUGCAGACCGAUGUUCGCUAUCUUGGCACCAAGCUGUCUGUCUUGAAGCACGUCGAGUGGAAAGACGAGGCAUUGCAACAGGUGUUGGCGGCCAAGCAUGUGCCGAACACGCCAGCUGUCACUGUGACGGCAUCUACUGGCUCCUCGACCCCGAACGGUGAAACUGUCCCAGGCUCGCCUGCGCGCGACAAGCCGGUCGCAUCGCCGUUUGGGCCGGUGACAUACAAGCCGCGCAUUCCCAAUAUCUUUUCUCGCCGUCAACAACAACAGCUCAGCCAGGCGGCGAGUCCUCGCGGAUCCACAGAUGCACCGGGCUCUACGACACCGGCUGAGACGCAGCGAUCCGUGGAGUCAACGCCACGCACAAGUCUGCAGCUCCAGCAACAGCAGUCUCAGUCCGCGACCACUGCGCAAGCUGCUGGUGUGGUUCAGGAGGCAAUUGAUGAAGCAGCACGAGAAGUGGCCACGCCUGCUACGGAGCCCUCCAUCAGGCCGUCAACGUCAGCGGCUCAGAGCGUCGAAGAGGAGGUAAACAACGUGCCACCUACUCCACCUUCGAAAAACGUGGCUAUGCAGUCGACAGCUGUUGUCAAGACUGAGGACAAGGAUGCAGCAGAGUCUGAAGAUUCUGUGGUGUCCGUCGUGCCUGCUCCAGAUGCCGCUGCAAAGGUGCUUUCUGAAAGCGAUCGAGUAUCGUCCGAGCUCACAGCGACUGCGCCAACGCUCGCAUCCAUGGCCGCGGCUGAGUCUGUCCAACAGGAGGAUGCUAACGGAGGACAAGACACCAAAGCUGUCUCUGGUGAUCAACAAGAUCAAGCCACGGAAAGUGCUGAUGUUCCGGCCACUUCACAGAGUGCGACCGGCAAACAAGCCGAUCACAAAGUGUCUAUGGAAGCACCUCAGCACGACGAUACUGCGAGACGGGUGACAAACACAUCUUCAGUUGGUACGUUUGCCGCCAGUGAACCGAUCGAGUCGCAAAGACCGUCGACUCCCAAGAAAGACAGGCAUGUCGCUUCUGCGUACAACGGCCAAGGCGGAAUAGCGAAUUCAACUGAGGCGUCUCCAGUGCGUAGCGGUGCCUCUACGCCAGCAGCGACGCCGACAUCAACGCCAGCUAAGCCUGCCAGAAUGUCGCUCAAGGAGCGACUUGCGGAAGCGGCCAGGAAGCGAGCACAGCAGUCCUCCAGCUCAGCAGCUCAGCCACCUAAUCCGCCCGGAGCUCCGACGACUCCCACCGCCCCUGCACAACCUUCAGAGACUGCACCAGUCGAGCCAGCUCUCGCGCCUGCUGACAAGGUUGACAAGCCUGUAAGCGAGCAGAAGGUGGAAGACAAAAAUGUGGGUGCUAACCAGAUCGCUGAGCCCGUCGAGUCAAGUGCCGAGACAAAUACACUCGCCGCACCUCGCGACGCUUCUUUUGCCAAGAGAGAAGAGGUAACUGCCAAGACGGAGUUGGCGCCGAGUCCGCAAGUUGAGGAAAAUGCCCUCAUGGCAGGCGGAAGCGAGCCGGUUGCCGCCAGCAAACAGGAGCCAAAGGAAGAAGGGGCGCGGAUCGCAUCAUCGGUAGUCUCCGAGCAAGAUGCAUCGGGAACGCGGACUGAUGCCCCUGCUACUGAGGCCGCCGAGGCCAUUGUACCGGUAGGCUCAACAGAAACGAGCGGAGGUAUCAGCGAGCAAACCGAAGUGAUCGUACAAAGCUCAAGUGGUGCCGACGCUGCUGCUGAAGUUGUUGGCGAAGCUGAUGGCCUCAGCCAUACUGGUGGUGACGAUCAGCAAAUUGAUGCGAAGCUUGCUGAAAUCCAGGAUGCUCCCUCAGCCACUAGUGACUCUGUAGCAGCUGUAACCGCCUCGAAGGACUCAGCCAUGACGACAGAAGAGGCCGCUGACGACCGCGAUGGUGACGACAUUGGUGAUGAUGCAGAUGGGGACGGUGACACGAACGAGACAACCAAUGAUUCAGCCGUCGGAAGCGGUCCUAGCACCGGCAGCAAAAAGAACAAGAAGAAGAAGAAGAAGGCAAAGAAGAAAUAG